CACUUCUUUUUAAGCGCGGCAAGGAAAUUCUGCGGUAAAGAGAGAUUCAAAGAAGCCACAGUUGCCUUGCAGCUCAAUUUCUGUUCCAAACUAUUCAGAUUCCAAUGGCGAGGCCUGAUCAGGAAGAUGUUGAGACGUUCAUGAGCAUCACGGGCUUAUCUGAAGCAAUCGCAGUGCGGAAGCUUGUGGAACACGGUGAUAUUAAUGAAGCUCUCUAUGCACAUUACAAUGAAGGAGACAGAAAUCUAGCAGCUAGAUCCCGUCAAAGAUCUCUCUCACACUUAUCUCCAGCAGGAAAUCACAAUCCCUCUUCUUUUCUUGAUCCAACUGUUCGUGGAAAUGCAUAUGAUGCCCCUUCUGACCCAACGAAGCAGUCGCGAUCUGUGACACAACCGGGAGAGGUGAGGGAUACUCCCAUAGAUGUUAGGGAUGGGAAUCAAUAUUCUCCUCAAGCUGGCCACUCUCCAAUCAUUGGAACGGUUCCACCUGCUCAUUAUUCACAUCAGGAUGAGCAAAGAAAUACAAUCUUAUCUGAUAUUUCACUACGAGGAAGUGCUAUCCCUACUGUUCUUUCAUAUGAAAAUCAGUCAGAUUGCAGCGAUGACACAGAAGAACAAAUGAUCCGUGCUGCCAUUGAGGCUUCGAAAAAGGAGUAUGAGGAAUUAAGUGAAUCUGGAAUCUUGGAGGAUCCUGAACUUGCCCAUGCAAUUUCCUUGUCCAUUGAGUCAGCUGAACAAGAACAAGCACAGCGCUUGCAAGGAAAUAUCAAAGAACCAAUAGUUGGGCCACCUAAGUCAUCUGAGGUGGAACCAGUGAAAAUAGCAGGAUCAAACGGAAGGUUGCAGGCGGGAAGUUCAUUCUCCCAAGAUGAAGCUGAAGAUGCAGAGGAGUGGCCUCUAAUUCGGAACAGGUCUAGACCUGUAUCUUUGGGCCCCACAGAUUUAGUUGAAAGUGCCGAUGCCAUCAUUGAGACUAGCACGCUAUCAAGCUCAGGAAAUCAGGACAGCAGUAAUAGUCCUCAGCACAAGAGAAAUGCCAACCAUGUGGAGGAGGAAUUGGAAAGACAGUUAGCUGCAAAAGAAGCUGCUCUGCCUCCAGAACCAUCCCUGGACGAUGAGAAUGCUGUGACAUUGCUGGUAAAAAUGCCAGAUGGAAGCCGUCGUGAGCGUCAAUUCCUUCGAUCUGACAAUCUGCAGUCUUUUUUCGACUUCAUAGAUAUUGCUAGGGUGAUGAAACCUGGCACUUAUAGAUUGGUGAGACAUCAUCCUCGACGUGCAUUUAGUGAUGAAGAAGGUGCAUUGACUCUGAAUGAAGCUGGUCUGACAAGCAAGCAAGAAGCCUUGUUUUUGGAGUUAAUCUAGUGUCCUGACUCCAGAUUUCUGGAAAGCAAUGAAUUGGAGCUUGUUAAAAAUACGAACUAAAGCCCACACCAGAUUUGGGUUUGUACUAUCUGGAUUACCUGUAUAUUUUCAGCCAUUCAAAAUCAACCACCUAGCACGGAACCAUCGCAGUUCUUUACGGGAAUUGACUAAUUCUUCGCGGGGAAUGCUUUGUAUUGUGCAUACAGAUACAGUGGCAUGGGAUUGUGAUGCGAGUCAUCAGUUUUAUGAUUUCGGAAAUUGCAAGAUCCUUUAUCAUCUUUAUGUC